UUCAAUUUCUGUUAACACAACUACCACCACAAGCAAAGAGAGGUUUGGGCUCAAGAGAAAAACAGGGACAAGUCUUGUGUAUUUGAUCAACAAAGAGAUGGGGCAAAUUGAGUUGCUGACUGAACUCAGAAGGCUUACCUUCAAGAUCAUCAUCCACAUUUUCCUUGGCACCUCCAGCACUUCUGUUAUGGAAGCUUUGGAAAAGGAAUACACUAAGCUUAACUAUGGCAUGAGAGCUUUGCGCAUUGAUCUUCCCGGUUUUGCAUUCCACAAAGCCUUCAAGGCUAGAAAGAAUCUAGUUAGCAUAUUUCAAAAUGUUGUGAAUGAGAGGAGAAAGGAGAAGUUAGAAAAUCCAAACAAAACAGCAAAAGAUAUGUUGGAUCAACUGAUUGAUGCUGAAGACGAGAACGGUAGGAAAUUGGCUGAUGAUGAAGUGAUUGACAUUAUGAUAAUGUAUUUGAAUGCUGGACAUGAAUCUUCUGGACACACUACCAUGUGGGCUACUUUGAUCCUUCAACAGCACCCUCAGUAUUUCCAAAAGGCUAAGCAAGAACAGGAAGAGAUCGUAAAGCGGAGGCCAGCAAAUCAGAAGAGUAUGACAAUAAAGGAAUAUAGGCAGAUGGAUUUCCUCUCUAAGGCAAUUGAUGAAACUAUGCGCUAUAUUACCUUCUCUUUAAUGACAUUUCGGGAGGCAAAGCGUGAUGUCAAACUGAAUGGUUUUCUUAUUCCCAAAGGUUGGAAGGUUUUUGUUUGGUAUAGGGCUAUUCACCAAGACCCUCAGGUUUAUCCUAAUCUAAGGAUAUUUGAUCCUUCAAGAUUCGAUAUUUCUGGUUGGCUAUUGGAGUUAAUGGCUUAUGCUUAUUUAGCUGUUAGUCCUCCAAGCAUGAUAGCGCAAUCUGAAGAGAUGGCUGCAGCAGCAUCAAAUAAAAGUACCGCCAAGAAAGAUUCGAGAUAUCCUGAAAUAGAGGAGCAAGCAUUGUGCGAAUCCAGUAUAUCAAAAUACAACAAUAAUUUGUAAUCCUCUUUAUAUUCAUUGAUACAUGGAAAGUAGUAGUUUAGACAUGUUUCAUUUUUUUUUUACUCUAUUGUUGAAUGAUUGUUCAAUUGGAUAGUUGGAUCCAUUGUUUUAUGUACUAAUAUACUGUAAUGUACUAAUAUAUUGUAACAUUACAGUGCUUGUGAAUCUUUAGAAUGU